GGCUCAAGGCCCUGCACUCUCGGGCCGCGGGCGGGGGGUUUGGGGGUCCCCCCCCCCCGCGCAGAGCCCUUCUGGAUCCAAUCAAAGGAGGAGGAGGAGGAGCCCCGCAUGCGGCGCCCUCACAAUCCGCGUCGGCUCUCUCGCGUGUUGCUGGCAACGACAUGCGGCGCCCGGUGGCCCUCCUCGGCACGGCGGCGGCGCUCCUGGCGCUGGCGCCGGCCCGGAGAGCCUUCGCGCCGCUCGGGACGCGGGAGCCGCCGGCGCGGUCGGCCCAGACGUCCGCGGCUGCGGACUCGUCCGUGGGCUCCGUCCUCGGGGGCAGCGUUGGGGGGCCCCGAAAUGUGGCCCAGACAUGAUCGCGUCGUUGAAAAAUCAGGACGGGAGGUUUGUCGGCCAUUUUCGGCCUCGGGGGGGUCCUCGCUGGGCCUCUUCCAGGGACCCCGCAUGGACAAGUGAGGACGUCGCAUGUCUGGGGAUGGCCUCCAAUUUGCCUCCUGUUUUCCUGAGGUUUCCCAUGGGACAUCGAAGUUCAACGUAUGGAAAAUAGGGGCCCCGUUCCUUGUUUAGGGUUCCUUAGGUCAACGCCCCGACUGUACGCCGCGUCUUGGCUCCACGUGCUGGCCCGCGUGCUGGCGAGCGUGCCGCGCCAGAGGCACGCCUUUCAGCUCUGCGUGUGUUGCGCUCCGCGUCGACGCGCCACAGGACCCCCUUAUAUCGCUGCCCCUCGUGUCCGAGAGGGGCCGCCGCCCGGCGGAGGCUCCCCACGAGGCCGCGAGGCCUCCGCGGCCGCGCCAGGCUGGGCUGCGGGCGCCGUGCUGCGCGCCGCGGCCCUGGCUCUGGCGGUGGGCGUGGCCGCCUCGGCGGCGGCGGCGCGGGCUGCCGGCGAGGGCGCGCCUGCGUCGGUGGGGAGCGGGGCGGGCGUGUUCGUCGGGAACUGUGCCGCGUGCCACGCCGGUGGCAGCACGGUGAUGCAGCCCGACAAGGGGCUGAGGAAGGAGGCCCUCGUGAAGUACGGCAUGUAUGACGCAGGCAUGAUUGUCGAUCUGGUGAAGAGCGGGAAGAACGCGAUGCCCGCGUUCGGCGAGCGCUUGGGGGAAGCAGAGAUCACGGACGUGGCCGCGUACGUUUUGAGCCAGGCAGACAGAGGCUGGCCAUGAGGCCGUCGAGGCUCCGGGGCUUUGGCCACAGCUCGUAGACUGGGAUAAUCGGGUCUUUGGAAAUGGGGCCGCAAAAAGUGCGCGCAAUAGUUCGUGCAAUAGUUGGAAGCGAUCACAUACAUCGUACGGUGCCUCGUGCAAUAGUCGGGGUGCAGUAGUUCGCUCGCGCGAGCGCAAUAGUUUACCUCUGCGAUGCAAUAGUAUGUGAUUUCGCUUUUUUGCGAGCAAUCGUUUGCAAUAGUUGGCCUGCCACGAUGCACUAGGUGCGUCUGGCCAUGCAAUAUUGCGCAAUCGUUGAGCCCGUGGGCGCAACAGUUCGCGACAGUGGCGCGCAAUAGUUGCGCGCAGUAGUUCCGCGCAGCAACCUAUUUGUCGGGCCGCCGCCGGGACCCGGGCGCCGCUGGCGCGCGGGGUCGUGCCAUGUGUUUGUUUUGAGUGUGUUGGCUGCGAGGCUUGCUGGCGCUCGGUCGUCCAGGCGCGCCAGCCUGUAGAUACCCACGCCUGGCGAGCCAGUUGACACUUGCGCACGCCGAGAGUUCGGCGUCCGCCGGCACGGCCAUCCGGGCUUGUCCAGCGCGUCUCUGGCGUUCUCAGCGCGGCAGCGCGGGCGAUUGUUUAAUGAUCUAUGAGAUUCGUUCUGGGGCUGUUUCUUGAGCUCCAGCUCGUCCAUGGGUUCAGGCAAAAUAAACUCAGACGUUUCGUG